UCAAAUCCAGCCUACUCUGUUUCAUACAUUUUGCAGUUCAAGUCCUCCAUUCAUGGCUUCCUCCUCCUCCUCUCCUCCGGCAAGAUCGAUUGUAUCUGCUAAACUGUAUGAUGUAUUCAUCAGUCACCGAGGUCCUGACGUCAAAGAAACCCUUGUUAAACAACUCUAUGACCUUCUUCAGGCUAGACUGUGCCGAGCAUUUCUAGACCGUGAAGAGAUACAAGGUGGGGAUUCAAUUGAUUUCGCCAUUUACAACGCCAUAUGCUCAUCUCGUGUGCAAGUAGCCAUUUUUUCAAAAGGAUAUGCAGAGUCCUCAUGGUGUUUGGACGAGCUGGUCGUUAUGUUACAACAAACUGAUGCCAUCUUUAUUCCUGUCUUCUACGAUGUCCAGCCGUGGGAGCUACGCCACAUCGACAACGAGAAGUCACAGUAUGCUGCAGCAUUUUCUGAUUAUCAAAGGAAACGCAGGAAUCUUGAUAAGCUUCAUAAAUGGAAAAGCUCCCUUGAAUCUGCUUCAAUAAUAUCUGGUUAUGAACUUAGCCGGUAUCAAGACAAUUUGUGUGAAAAAAUUGUGUCUCGUGUGAUACAAGUAGUGGAAGAAAAGAAAAACAGUAUAGUAUUAGAUGUUGCAAAAUAUCCGGUUGGACUUGCUGAUCUCGUCCAAGAUUUUGAAAGGUCUUGUUCAAAGAGAGUGAGGGACAAGGUCACCAUAAUAGGGAUCUUUGGUCUCGGGGGUGUUGGGAAGUCUACCCUGGCAAAAGAAUUGUUUAACAGAAAGAAUUCAGGCUACCAUACAUCAUGUUUUCUGUCUGAUGUGAGAGAAUCAUAUGCCAGAGGUGAAUUACACUGCUUGCAAACUCAGCUCUUAGAAGAUCUUUUCCCCAAUGAUAAAGAGAUUAAAAGUCUAAAGAUUAAGAGUGUGGAUGAUGGAAUUGGAAAGCUGAAGAAUCAUCUAGGAAGGGCAAGGCAAUUGCAUUUCCUUAUAAUCCUAGAUGAUAUCGAUCAUGAGGACCAAUUAGAUGCCCUUUUACCUGAAGAUAUGUUGAGCUCUGGUAGCCUUGUAAUUAUUACAACCCGUGACCAGAGUGUGUUAAGGGGUGCAGAUUUCCAUUAUAAGAUGCAGGGAAUGGAUAAGGAUCGUGCUAAACUUCUCUUCUGUAGACAUGCUUUUCGUGGACAAGAUCCACCCAUUUCAUAUGAAAAAUUGGUUGAGAACUUCGUGGAAUUCUGUGGAGGUUUACCUCUCUCGCUUAAAGUUCUGGGUGCUCAUGUUUAUCGAAGAGAUAAACAUUAUUGGGAGUUAGAAUUGGAAAAGGUUAGGAAAAUCCAACCUAAGGAUAUAAUGCAAAGACUUAAAAUCAGCUUUGAUGGUCUAGACACAGAGGAGAAACAGAUAUUUAUAGAUAUAGCUUCUUUUUUCAAUAAGAAAGAAGAACUUCACUUGAAAAAUGAUGCUAUAACAAUCUGGAAAGCAUCUGGUUGGAGUGCUGAACAUGCAGUUCAAACCCUGCAAGAUAAGUGCCUACUUCAACUGGUUAUGGGGCAAUACUACCUACGCUUUGAAAUGCACGAUCACCUCUGUGAUAUGGGAAGACAAAUGGCAGAUGACUUGGGCCCUCCUCGGCUGUGGAAACCGGACAUUCUUAGAUCUAUGGAAACAAACGGAUUUGAACAAAUCCUGGCAGAAACAAAGGGCAGGUGUUUCUAUUCGUUCGAGGAUUCGUCCCUCCAAACCAAAAUUACUUAUUUUAUAGGUAGUUCAAAUGACUCUGCUGAGCCUGACCUGCUAUGGCUUGACAUAGAUAACCGUGGUUAUCUUGGUUGCAAAUUAGAAAACAUUCCUUCCUGGAUUCCUCUACGAAAAUUGCACAAUUUAUCUGUUAACAGCGUGGGAAAUUUGUGGAGCGCUUUUCAGAAACAGUUGCAGACCAAUACCCAGGCCAGUUUUGAGUUGAGAGUGCUGAAGAUUUGCUACUCUAAGUCGUUGGAAAAGCUUCCAGAUUUAAUAGCAAUGUUCAGUCAUUUAGAAGAAUUAAACAUAGGUUGUUCCUUCCAGGCGACAGAUAUAACAUCCUUCGUGCGAUCACUUAAACAACUUAGCAAUCUUAGAUCAUUGUCAUUGUGGUUUGGGGAGGGCGUCUUCUUUAGUGGGAAUUUGGAUCUGAGUAAAGCUAGAGAUUCAACUAAUUUGGAUUCUUCUACAAGCAGCCGGAUGAAUAGCCUUGAAACCAUAGAAUUAAACAGAUUGGAUAAUAUAUCAAAGUUGCUAAUUAGUGGAGAGAUUUGUCCCAAACUUCAAUCAUUGAAAGUUCGACACAUGGGGAAUCUAAAAGAAAUGCAUUUAGAGCAGUUAGAGAGACUGAAUACUCUUGACAUGUGGGAAUGCCCCAAAUUGGAAACAAUAUCAGGGUUAUCUUCUCUAACAGGGCUUCAGGUUCUUAAAGUGAAGUAUUGUUUCAAAUUAGAUACACUAUCAUUGUUAUCUUCUGUAACAGGGCUUCAGUCUCUUAAAGUUUUGGAAGAUGUCCGACUGGAACAAAUAUCAUGGUUAUCUUCUCUAACAGGGCUUCAGUCUCUUAAAGUGUGGGGAUGUGACUGUAAAACAAUAUCAGGGUUAUCUUCUCUAACAGAGCUUCAGUCUUUUGAGUUGUCCAUAUUUCUGAAAUUGGAAACAAUAUCAGGGUUAUCUUCUCUAACAGGGCUUCAAUCUCUUACAGUAAAAAAUUGUCCCGAAUUGAAAACAAUAUCAGAGUUAUCUUCUGCAGCAGGGCUUAAGUCUCUUAGAUUGUCGAGCUGUCCCAAACUGAAAACAAUAUCGGGCUUAUCUUCUCUAACAAGGCUUCAGAUGUUUAGGGUUGAAAUUCGGGAUUUUAUUAGGAUGCCAUCAACUGCAGAGCGUGGGUGGGGUGGAAUAGCGAGGUGUGGAAGACUAAGGGGUGGAAGAGAGUCACCACAAUUGGAAAGCGUGGAAAUUGAAGUUCCUGAUGAUAGAUAUGCAUGGGUUCGGAAUUGCAUUGAAGGACCGAGGCCGCUAUCAGGGUAUGUUGUUUUAACAGGGAUGCCAGUGGAUACAGCACUGUUCGAGUUGAAUGAAAAUUUGUUUUCUGAAGUGGAUACCGUCAUUCAGAUUGAGAAAGGAGAGCAUUCGCUAGAAAUGGAAAGCUCAUCAAGUGCAAUCUCUAUAUAUGCUUUGCUUGUAAGGUCUGGUAGCAAUCCUUACAUAGAAAUGGAAUCUGUAAUUACCCAUUUGCAGUCCUUCCCACUUGGAAAGGAAUUGAUGAUUACAAUUUUACAAACCCCGCAUAGAAGUAAUGGUGUAAAGCUGACAAGUGUUCCAAUAGAGAAGGGGUUUCGGGCCAGGGUGAAUAAAGGGGAAGAAGGGAAAGCUUUAGUUAUAAUGCAAAGAAUUAUUGACAGAUUAUAUAAAAGUUAGCAGCCCAUAAGGCAGUGAAGAGAAAAACAAAGUAAAAGCAUUGAAAGUGUGAAUUGCUUUGACUGCCAGAUGUUGAAAAACUUUUGGCAUCUUUGUUUUAUCAAAGUCUUCGAUUUGUAAUAUUUAAUGUAUGGAAUGCACUUAAUUUUAA